AUGCCUGGGUCGGUGUUGGAGGUGCUGGUCAGCGAGGGUGACCGGGUGGAGCAAAACCAGACUGUAGUGUUGAUGGAGUCCAUGAAAAUGGAGUUGGUGAUCACGGCUCCCCGCAGCGGAGUAGUGCGGCGCGUGGCGGUUGAACCCGGUCAGCAGGUGCAGCGGGGCAUGCGCCUUUUGGAACUGGCCCCUGAUAACGACGAUGGUGAGCGAUGA